AUGGCUGAUUCUGCAGAAAUUAAAAGCAUCCAUCCAAGUAACAUUUCUUUACAGGUUGCUUCCCAGAGAAGCUUUGGGAUCGAUUAUGCCAACGACCGCUUCCUCAAGGAUGGGAAACCGUUCCGCUACAUCUCGGGCAGCAUCCAUUAUUCCCGUGUGCCCCAGUACUACUGGAAGGACCGCCUCUUGAAGAUGAAAAUGGCUGGGCUUGAUGCGAUUCAAACGUACGUGCCAUGGAACUUCCAUGAACCAGAACCAGGAAUUUACAACUUCUCUGGUGACCGAGAUCUUGAACAGUUCCUGCAGCUCGCUGAGGAGAUUGGCUUGUUGGUCAUAUUGAGAGCAGGGCCUUAUAUAUGCGGAGAAUGGGACAUGGGAGGUCUGCCUGCCUGGUUAUUAGAGAAAGAAUCUAUCGUCCUAAGAUCGUCUGAUCCAGAUUACUUGGCAGCUGUAGAGAGAUGGAUGGGAGUCUUGCUGCCAAAGAUUAAACAUCAUCUUUAUCACAAUGGAGGUCCAAUUAUUAUGGUGCAGGUUGAAAAUGAAUACGGCAGUUACUUCGCUUGUGAUUUCGAUUACCUCCGCUGCCUGCAGAAUCUGUUCCGGCGCCACCUGGGGGAUGAAGUAGUGCUGUUCACAACGGAUGGCGCGGGCAGGAGCUUCUUGCGCUGUGGGGCUCUUCAAGGCCUUUAUGCGACUGUGGAUUUUGGACCCGGUGGCAAUGUCACAGCAGCAUUUUUAAGCCAGAGACACAGUGAGCCGAAAGGACCGUUGGUCAAUUCUGAGUUCUAUACCGGCUGGUUGGACCAUUGGGGUCAUCAGCAUGUUAUCGUAUCGACAUCACUUGUAGCUAAAAGCCUUAGUGACAUCCUGGCACAUGGAGCUAAUGUUAACAUGUAUAUGUUCUUAGGAGGGACCAAUUUUGGCUAUUGGAAUGGAGCCAAUAUGCCUUACAUGGCACAGCCGACUAGUUACGAUUAUGAUGCUCCGCUGAGUGAAGCAGGUGACCUUACAGAGAAGUACUUUGCUAUCAGGGAAGUCAUCGGCAUGUACAAGGAAUUACCAAAGGGCCCUAUCCCUCCAUCAACGCCCAAGUUUGCCUACGGAGAAGUUGCACUAGAGAAGGUGGGCACAGUGAGGGAACUUCUAAAUGACCUGUCACCAUCUGGACCGGUUAAAAGUGUCUAUCCUUUAACGUUUGUUCAACUGAAGCAGUAUUUUGGGUUUGUACUGUACAGAACAAAGCUGCCAAGAAACUGUAGUGAAAAUAGCACACUCCUUGCGCUGUUUGAUGGAAUUCACGAUCGUGCUUAUGUCUCCGUAAAUGGGGUUUCUCAGGGAGUCCUUUCCAGACGGCAAGUGUUAAAGCUCAAUAUAACAGGGAAUGCUGGAGCAUAUAUGGAUUUGCUGGUAGAAAAUAUGGGCAGAGUAAAUUUUGGAAGAUACAACAAUGACUUCAAGGGCCUGGUUUACAAUAUAACUCUUGGUGGGGAGAUAGUCACUGACUGGGAGAUGUAUCCGUUGGACAUUGACAGAGCAGUUGGCCGGGGCCUCUAUAAUGAAACUGGUGGGAAUGGAUCCAGUUCUGAAGAACCUUCUUUUUAUACUGGCAGCUUUUCCAUUCCUAGCGGAAUACCAGAUUUACCUCAAGACACCUAUGUCCAGUUUCCUGGGUGGACAAAGGGACAAAUCUGGAUCAACGGCUUCAAUUUAGGGCGCUAUUGGCCUGCGUGUGGCCCUCAAGUGACACUGUUCGUUCCGAGCAACGUCCUCGUUUCGUCCGCUCCAAACAACAUUACUGUUCUUGAACUGGAAGGUUCUCCGUGUGGCACCCAGAAAUGUUUGAUAGAGUUUGUAGAUAGACCCAACCUCAACGCAAGCCUUCACUGUGAAAGCAAUUCUGAGAAGCUGUUUAGUAGAGAUUCAGGGCUGGACCUGGACUCUGUAUGAUGUUUCUUGAAU